CAAAGUUGGACAUUCAGUCAUAUAAAAACUCAGUCAAAAACAGAAUAAUUAGUCAUAGAAUAUUUUCUGUAAAUUACACGACAUUUAACAAGAUUAAAAGUUUUCUACAUUUUUCUUUUGCUUGUUCUUCAUACAAUCUACAAAACUGGGUAACGACAUGUCUGUAAACGCAAUGGAAAAGCAUCUCUUCAAUCUAAAGUUCGCAGUAAAAGAUCUAGAGAGAUCAGCAAAGAAAUGCGAAAAAGAUGAGAAGCUGGAAAUUGCGAAAACAAAAAAGGCAAUCCAGAAAGGAAAUGCAGAAGUGGCUAGAAUUCAUGCUGAGAAUGCAAUUAGACAGAAAAAUCAAUCGCUUAAUUAUCUAAGAAUGAGUGCAAGAGUAGACGCAGUUUCGAGUCGCGUGCAAACAGCUCUAACAACAAGAAAAGUUACAAACAGUAUGGCUGGUGUGGUAAAAGCAAUGGAUGCAGCAAUGAAAGGAAUGAAUUUAGAGAAAAUUAGUGGACUAAUGGAUAGGUUUGAGCAACAAUUUGAAGAUUUGGAUGUCCAAAGUAAUGUCAUGGAAAAUACAAUGUCUUCGACUGUUACAACAAGUAUUCCUCAAAAUGAUGUUGAUGCCUUAAUGCUUAAAGUUGCUGACGAAGCUGGUUUGGAGCUGAACAUGGAAUUGCCAUCAAAUCCAGCCUCAACAAUUGGAUCAACUGUUCAAGCUUCAGCCGAACAAGAUGAACUUACUGCAAGACUUGCUAAGUUACGGCAAACUGAAUAAACUUGCAUGCUUGUACAUAUUUUAUGUCCACUUUCUCACAAUGAUAUUUCACAGCUAAUAACUAAAGUUGGAUUCAGCCUCAAUUAGAAAUAUCCAUUAAUGUUGUUAAAUGUUUUGAAUUACGUUCAAGCUGAUCAAAGUUUUGUGCAUUGAGGAUUUAAUUUAAUAUUCAUAUUUUUUUAUUCACAUCAAAUACCUAAAAUAUAUAUUAUGCUUAAUAUAAUAAAACAGACCUAGUACUUUUGUCUUUAUGAUAACUGGAUGUGACUUAAUAAUUUUAUUGAUGACUUAAAUUAUGACAUGUAAACCUUAACUUUAAAUGUUAGACAUGUUGAAUUCCUCUUCAAUUUUACGGAUUGCUUCCUCAUACUUCUUAAAUUGUUCAAUAACUUUCAUGACCAAUUCGUAACUUGAUAUCCAAACAUCUUUGAAGACAUAUUUUGGAAACAUUUUCUUGAUCUCGUCGAAAGCUUUACGCUUUAAUUUAUCAUCUCCAUACUUGCUACUCAGCAUGAAAACCUCCAUAACAUUUUCUUGAUUUAUAGCUUUAAGCAGUUGAUCAGCUGCGAAUUGCUUCAGUUCCUUGAUCUUUAAUUUCCCAGCAGCAGCAAAGAGAUACAAAAAGUUCGUCUCAUUAUCAUCUGGAACUACAUCAGUAUAGAGAAACUUCAGGAUGUUCUCAAAAAUAUCAACAGGAAUGUCGAGCAAACUUAAGCUCUCAAUUUCAGGAUUGUUUCUUAAAAUAUCAGCUAUUGUUGGACUUCGAGCAAUGAGUAGGAAUUUGUGGACAUCAAAUUCACGGUUUUCGAUGAGAACUUUGAAGUCUUUUGUACUUUCCUCUUGAAUGCAGGCUUUAAGGUCACCCAAAAGUCCUGUCUGAAGCUCCUUGGUCAAUUUACUACAUUUCAGCUUUUCUUGAUUCAAUUCUGACUCAAGCUCAUUGUUACGGAUCUUAAGUUUCUGAUUCUUUUCUUCCAAAAUAUCUUCUUUUCGGAAUGCACUAUUAGGCCAUGAUAUUCCAGUUGUUCGGUUAGGAGGUGUAAAACAGAAACCAUUAACGGUAUUCUUUUGUUUCAUUUCAUCCAUCUUAUUGAACUGUUUUGCUGCUCUUUCAGUUUUA